GGAGGUCAGUGGAGCAAAUGUAGCCUAGACUCUAACCCUAAGCACCAAAGUCCGUGUGAUUACAGGCAUGGAGAGAUUUGUACGCACCUCUCGGGUCAGCAGGCUCAGUGUCACAUCCUCAGCUCUCACAACCACACCUCACUGAAGACUCAUGGCUGAUGAGAAGAUGGAGAUGGGAGAAGUCGGGGCGUCUCUGAUGUCUUCACAGCCUAAGCCGCCUCCAGACAGACCUCCAAACAAAUUUGAGAGGUUAUUUCAGCCCUGUCUGGGCGAGCUGGUGGGAACUACCUUCUUUGUGUUCAUCGGCUGCGUGUCGGUCAUAGAGAAUGUGGAGUCCACGGGGAGGCUGCAGCCGGCUCUGGUGCACGGCCUGGCUGUGGCCGUCAUGGUGGCUUGCAUGGCCGAGAUCAGUGGAUCCCAUUUCAACCCACCGUUCACCCUGGCCAUCUAUCUAUGUGGCGAGAUGGAGCUGAACAUGGUGGCCCCAUAUCUCGCAUGUCAGUUGCUCGGAGGGGUGCUCGGAGCUGCGAUGGCAAAGGGGAUGACCUCGAAGGAGAACUUCGCCAGAGCCCACGGGGCUGCGUUUGCUCUCCUGCAGCAAGACAGUGAAAUAGGACGAGCUGUAUUCGCAGAGGUCGCCAUGACCUGCCUGGUCACCAUGGUGGUGCUGCUAGGGGCUGUCAACACCAAGACCAAAAGCCCCAUGGUGCCGUUUUUAGUGGGCUGCACUGUUGUCUUCAACAUUUUGGCUGGUGGAGAUGUAUCUGGCACCUGCAUGAACCCCGCCAGAGCCUUUGGUCCAGCCAUAGUGAGCAACUACUGGGUUUAUCACUGGGUCUACUGGGUGGGACCCAUCGCAGGAGGUGUAAUAGCAGCUGUACUGGUUCGACUUCUCCUUGGAGACAGGAAGGUGCGACUCAUUCUGAAAUGAGAACUUAAGUGGGAUAAAUCAUGAGAAUGCUUUAUCAUCUACAGUUACAAUAUAAACCCCCUUUUUUAUCACUGAGAUGUUUGUAUACCAUUAAAUUUGACUUUUUUUCACAUAA